AUGGGUAGGGGGAUUCAGUUGGAGUGGGCGGUGAAGGGGAAGGCGGAAGGGUAUGGGAAACUGUUGGGGCUGGUGGAAGGCAGUGUUUGUGUCCUUCAGGCUCAGCUGGAUAAUCCGUCGAUUUGGGUUUCGUUGGAAAGUCUAGAGAAGGAGAGACUCGAGAGAGAGGCGCGAGAGGAGAAGGAGAGGCCAGUUGUGGAGGGUGUGGAGCAGGAGGACGAGAAAGAAGGUGUGUAUGAGGGAGAAGAUGAUGUGGAGUGCAUGGAGCCGACACAGUCGACGUUCUCGCGUGUCUUUGACAGCUUGGGCGGCAACGCAGUCUCACGGUAUUGCUUUCGUUUCGGCGUCGUGCGUAGAGCUGGGUGGAUGUUAUUCGAGUGGUUGGGUGAGAUGUUGGAGGAGGCUGAUGCUGUUGCUCUAUGCAGGGCUGGAGAAGGGGCAACUGAGGAGUGUGGAGAAGGAGAUGACUGGGGGAGUCAGGAGUGCGAGAUCGAAGAUGACAACUGCGGGAGUCAAGAGUACAAGAUCGAAGACGGCGACUGCAGGAGUCAAGAGUACAAGAUUGGAGAUGACGAGUGCCAUGGAAGUCGUACGCUAGACGCGCAACCGUCACGGCCGGAUAGCGGUUGGGGUGACCCGCAAUGGUAG